GGAAGUGGAAUUGAAUCAUGUGAACAACAUGGCGGAAUGUUUGAAUCUCUGAUGGUGUUCCGCUAUUACACGAUGUAUCUAAAGACAUUCUGGUACCUACAUAUCUUUAUAUAAAGUUUCAUUAUAAAUGCCAGUUACUAUCCCUGCGAACAAUAUGACAGAAUGGCGAAAAUGUUGUGAUACGUCCGCGUCGGGAAUGCCAGCUGGUUCAGACGAGAGCAAGCAAGGUGGAGGGAAACCGAAAACAAACAGACUGAGAAGAAGCCUCAAACAAACGCAGGCAACUCCAUCUCUCAUUGAUUCUCCAAAAACAUGCCAAGAUUUCAAGAAGCCAACUCGUGUGACAAGAUCAAGAUACAACAAUGUAUUCAACAAAGGAGAGUCGCCAAUGAAUGAAUCAGAACUGGAUAUCGUUUGGGAUGCAACUUCCCCUUCACCCCUUAGGACAGUUAGCAAAAGAGGCAAGAAGUACUCUGCAAAUGUUGGAGUUGUGGACAUUGCCGAAAUCGUCAACAGAAUAGCUCCCAAGCAUGGGAGACCUGUAGUUCCAGAAUCAUCCUUGCUCCAGUGGAUUGGAGACAGUGCUAUUCCCUGCACCCCAGAGAUGCAGCAGCCCAGGGCCAAGAAGAAAUCCCCAAGGACAAAUGGAGUGGACGACCUUUUAAAGUUGGCGAAACAGUUUGAUUUCAACAUGUUUCGGCAAGACGAAGAACGAGUCGACGAUAUGCACGAGCAGAGUUUGGCGCUUUGGAGGACAGACUCGGAGGACYUAUUGGAUUUAGGUGGCAACGAGAACCAGCCUCCGCCCUUACUGAGUAAUGUCUCACCUGAAAGCACACAGCCCGCCCUUAAAACAAACAGCACGAGAAACUCCAAAGACCAGAUACCUCCUGACCAUGAGAUGGAAGAUGAUUUGGAUUUUUUAUUUGAUGGACCAACUCAACACAUAAGUCUGAACUUAAGUCAGAAUUCAUUGCCUCAGUCCUUGGAGGUGAAGACUGCUCCCACUGUGUCCUCCAAAGUCAUUCCUGGAAAAUAUCCAGAUUCCAUACAUGGCCACACUUCGACCGUCUCCUCGUCGCAUCCUGUCAAAAGAAGCUCAGCAAAUAAUAACUUUGACGACGGCGACUGGGAAAAUGACGAUUUGCUGGAUGACUCGCUGGUAUUUGAGAUGACCCAAAACCCAGACCUCUUUGCCGCUCCUAAUCGUUGUUCGACCCAAAGAGGGUCGAAUGAAACAAAACACGAAAACGACAACCCCUCGGCCAUUUCCAAAAAUGCUCUUCAAGGAAGUAGAGACAUAAAACCAGCUGUGUCUAAAGGACAGAAUGAAACUGUGAAAAACAGAAAAACAUUCACGCUUGAAGCAAAUCCUAAUGUGCAAUCGAAAAGUAUCCUCUCAGAGGCAUUACCAAAAGCAGGGAAUGUCCCCGACACUGUCAAACCAGCACCACAUAGGAACGUACAGCAAAAGCAACCAAGUCUCUUUCCAAUCAACAAAGCUCCGUCAAUGGAGUCCAGUUACCAAUUUAGCCAGCAAACGCAGCACCCGUCUAAUGGAAUAAAGACUUGGCCGCUGGUGCCUCUCUUUCAAAGUACAUCAAUCUCAACCAGCUCAAGCACAUCAAACUUCACCAAUUCAAAGUGGCCCCUUCAGGUUGAGAAUAGCUCUUACCACAAGCCCACAGAGAACAACAAUAUGAAGGGAACAGGGAUCAUCAUGGCCCCGGCUAGCCACAGCGUCAUCCCAGAGGACGACUUGGACUCUCUCUUUGCUUCUGACUCCAUCUGGGAUGACAAAGACGAUGACCUAUUGUGCCAAGCAUGUGAUAACCUGGAGAGCCAGGUACAGAGCAUGGAGGACCCUGUUAUCACACGCUCCCAAUUCCUGCCCAGUAAUCAGACAGAAAGACAGAAGUUUGUCCCUGUCUCUGCACCUUUGAAUAGCAGCAGAUACAAUGUAAAUCAAACGACUGAGACCAUCACACAAUCCAAAUAUCCCAACAUUUCAGCUUAUUCACAAUCGGCCCCCUGGAACGGUACCACUUUCACCCACUCUCUCAAUAACAACAAAGUACCUGUUACUGUGGUCUCUGGUUCUGAAAGACCGAGUUACAUUGCCUCAGCUGGAAAUGCUAGCGCUAACUCCACGUAUAGGCCACAGAACCCUGCAGCAGGAGAAGGGUCAUACGAAAGUACUCGGGUCAAAAGCAUUUGUGUAGCUGGGAACACAGUUAAUCAACAAGGCACUGGGAGUGAAGCAGCUGGGAAAUGUUCUGUGGUAGACAUUGAACUGAAGAAACAGCGGGCCAUGGAGAGGAGACGGCAACGGGUGCAGACGGCCCACAACCUAAGGGCUCCAACCUGAGGCUGGUACAGUGCACACAUACAAAAAGAUUCCGAAUCCUAGUUGGACAGUGUUGGCUUACUCUAAACGCUGYCUUGRGCUAGACUGACCAUACAGAGCUCUUGAAAGUAGACUUACUAUAGAGUUGUUGUAGCCUCGUACUACCAUCCUGAUCUCGUAGCAAAACAGAAUGUAAGCUCGCUAGUCCAGGAUGGUUGUACGAGGCUAGAGCUGCUGUACCUUUGUCUGUGUUCCAACUCAUAAUUUACAUCACUCAAUCCAUUCCUGAAAUAAGAUUUWAAGUUUUAAUAUAAAUGUUCUUAUUUACGUUAAUCUAUUAACUGUUAACAAAGGAACUUAAAAAAAAAUAAACAAUAACCUAUUUUCAGGGAGUAUGUUACCAAUUGUGUUUGCAMAAUAGGCUAAGCCUGUCCUGUCACUUUUUCAUUGUAUUAUUCAUUAUAUCAGUUUUGUAAAUUACCAUAGCAUUACAACAUGAGCGGUUUUCUGAUAAAAACACGAGUCGCCUUGUGCCGUCAGAAAAACUAUCACAUGUUUCUACAUUAUGUUUAUCUGUCUUUUACAUCUUUUUUUUUUUACAUUGUUUAUAUGUUUGUCAUUUGCACAAUAAUGAAACUGCCUCAAAAGACGUGGCACACAGAUAUUAAAGUUGCAAAAGGAUUCCCACCCA